AUGCAUUAUCCAACUUCAGAAACUACCAAUGAAAUAAAAAACUUGCAGUACCUACCUCGAACUAGUGAACCCCGUGAAAUGCUAUUUGAGGACCGGACACGAGCCCAUGCAGAUCACAUAGGACAAGGUUUUGAACGACAGACUACAGCUGCUGUGGGAGUAUUGAAGGCUGUGCACUGUGGAGAGUGGUCUGAGCAGCCUCGUAUAACCAAAGAUGUAAUUUGUUUUCAUGCUGAAGACUUCUUAGAGGUAGUUCAGCGAAUGCAAUUAGAUUUGCAUGAGCCUCCACUCUCACAGUGUGUCCAGUGGGUUGAUGAUGCAAAACUUAAUCAACUGCGAAGGGAAGGCAUUCGAUAUGCCAGAAUUCAGUUAUUCGAUAAUGACAUUUAUUUUAUCCCAAGGAAUGUUGUGCACCAGUUCAAAACAGUUUCAGCUGUGUGCAGUUUGGCUUGGCACAUCCGGCUCAAGCUGUAUCAUUCAGAGGAAGAACUUUCUCAAAAUACAAGUAUUGUUGAAGCAGGGACCUCUGCAGACUCUAAGUCUUCGGUUAUUGGACUUCAGACUGACAGCAGAAUUUGUACAAUGAGCAAAAAUACCUCCGAAGACACCAAAUUUUCAGAUGCUCUGCAGACAAAGUAUGUUUUUAUGUCGAUGAAACAUGAACCUAUUGCAUCUCACCGAAUAAAAGAAGAACCCAUGAAUGUUGAUCUUGCUGAAAAGACACUGGCACCUAAUGACGUCAGGGGCCAGAAUGUUCAGACUAGAUUGGAUCAUGUUGAAUUGACGGCAUUUAAGUUGGAAACUGAUUCUAAAUUUGAACCUGGCAACAAGGACUUACAAGGCAAGUUAUGCCCUGGAGGUCACAUACAUCCAGAUGAUACAAGACAACAUAGUUCAUCAUAUCCAAAAUUGCAUGGACAAAGAGAGGAUGAUUUUUUGUGCUAAAUUUGUAUAUAUGGUUUUAAAUUCCUUUUUAAACUUAAUGAUGUAAUAAUGUAAAGAUUCAUAAAUUCUGGGAGGCAAGUUUGUGACUUGCCUUCGCAUCUGUUACAGAAAAUAGUUAUGUAGCUUUGUAACAUUCCUCAGUGCCUGUCCAUAACUGUGAAGUAUCAAAGCACUUAGGGCCAGAUGCACUGUAAACACUGCAGGUUUAACAUAAAGAAGUCUUUAAAUAAUUUUGAGUUGUAGGUUUUAGAGUAGAGCUGACAUUUAACAUAUAUAUUUUUUGUAAGAUGAGCCAGAAUUCUUUUUGACAAUUCCAGGCUUUUCCAUAGAGCUUAUUUAUACCAAUUUUUUCAUUUUAAAUGUGUCAGCACUGUAGUGUAAAUAUCUUUUUUAAAAAUCUUUUUAGUGUGAUUUAUACUGAAAUGUGAGCCGCUUAAUAAAGGUUCAUAAUAACAGAUUGGUUUUAUUUUUGGGUCUGCAAAAAAUAAUUCAGUUAAACUGCCUCUCGAAAUGGUUAUGUUUCUACCUGCACUAAUGCAUAGGAUGCCCU